AUGGGGUUUGUGAUGAGUUUGUGGGGAAGAUGGGUUGUGUGGGUGGGUUGUUUUUGGGUUGUGUGGUUGUUUUGGGGAAGUGAUUUGGGGGUAGUGGAUGUUGGGUUGUGGUGUGUUUUGGGUUGUGGUAGUGUUUUGGGGGUGAGGGUGUGGUGUUGGUGUUGUGUGGGUGUGGUGUGUGUUUGUGGUUGUGUUUUGGGGUUGGUGGGUGUGGUAUUGUGGGUUGUGUAUUUGGGAUGUGGUUGGGGUUGUGUGUGUGGUUUGGGUUGUGUGUUUGAUAUGGUUGUGGGUGUGUUGUUGGGGUUUGUGGGGUGUGUUUUUGGGGGUUGUUGGUGUGGAGUUGGGUUGUGUUUGAGUUUUGGGGUAGUUGUGUGUGUUGGGUUGUUGUGUGUUGGGUUGGGGUUUGGUUGUGGUGUUGGUUGUGGGUGUGGUUUUGGUUGUUGUGUGGUGGGUUGGGGUUUGUGGGUGUGGUGGUUGGGUUGUGUGUUGUUAGUGGUUUGGGUUGUGGUUUGUUUUGGGUGGUUUGUUUGUGUUGUUGGGUGUGGGUGUGGUGGUGGGUUGUGUGUUGUUGUUGGUUUGUGUGUUGUGGGUGUAGGGUUGUGGGUGUGUUGUAGGUUGUGUGUGUGGUUGUUGGUUGUGGGUUGUGGUUUUGGGUUGUGGGUGUGUUUUUUGGGUUUUGUGUGUUUUGGGGUUGUGUGUUUGUGGUGGUUUGUGUUUUGGGUGUGGAUUUGGUUGUUGUGUGUUGUGGUUGGGGAUUGUGGUGUGUGGUUUGGGUUGUGGGGAUGGUGUUGGGUUGUGUGUGUGGUUUGGGUUGUGUGGGUGGUGUUGGGUAGUGGGUGUGGUUGUUGGGUGUGGGUGUGGGGUGUUUUUGGUUUGGGUUGUGGUUUUGGGUUGUGUUGUGGUGAUGGGUUGUGGGGUGUGGUUUUGGUUGUGGGUGUGGUUUUGGGUUGUGUGGUGUGUUUGGUUGUUGGUGGUGAGUAUUUGGGAUUUUGUGUGGUUGUUUUUGGGUUGUGGUGGUUGUUGUUUGGGAUUUUUGAGUUGUGGGUUGGGGUUGUUGGGGGGGUUGGGGGUUGGGGGAUAGGUGUGUUUGUGGGGGGGUUGUUUUUGGGGUAUUGUUGGGGUAGGUUUGAGGAUGGAUGGGGGGGGUGUGGGUGUGGUGGUAGGGGUUUUUGGGGGUGGAUUAGUGAGUGUUUGGGGGAGGAUUGUGUGUGGGGGGGUGUUUUGGGGUUUUGUUGUGUGGUUGGGGGGGGUGUGGGGUUGGUGGGGGGUGGGGAUGGGGAGGGUGUGGGGGUGGUGUUGGGGUGGGGGUGUGUGUUUGGUUGUUGGGGGGGGAUUUGUGGGUUUGGUGUGGGUUGGGGGGGGGUUGGUUUGGUGGGUGGUUGGGUGGUGGGGUGUGGGGGGGGGUGGGUGGGGGGGGUUUGUGGGGGUUGGUGGUGGGUGGGUGUUGUGGGGGGGUUGUUAGGGUUUUGGGGUUUUGUGGGGUUUUGUGGGUUGUUUGGGGUUUGGGUUUUUUGGGUGGGGGGGGGGGUGGUUAGGGGGGGUUGGUUGUGUGUGGGUUGUUGGUGUGUGGUGUGGUUGGGGGGGGUGGUGUGGGUGUUGGUGGGGGGGGGUUGUGUGGGUGUUGUGGUGUUGUGGGUGGGGGGAGGGGGGUUGGUGUGGUUGGGGGUGGGGGGGGGGUGGGUGGUGUUUGUUUGGUGGGUUUGGGAUUGGUUUGGUGUGUUGGUGGGGGUGGGGUUGUGGGUUGUAUUUUGUGGUAGGUUGUUUUUGUUUUGGGUGGGUGGGGUGGGGGUUGGUGGUUGUGGGUUUUUUGGGUUGUGGGUUUAUUUGGUUUUGUUUGAGUUGUGGUAUUGUUUGUUGGGUGGUUGGUUGGGGGUGUGGGUGUUUUGGGUGGGGUUUAGGGGGGAGGUGGUUUUGGUUGGUUGGUGUUGGGGAAGUAGAUUUAGUUUGGGGGGUUGGUGGGGUGGGUUUUUGUUUGAGUGUGGGGUGGGAGGUGGUGGAGUGGGGGUGGGGUUGGUGGGGGGGUGUGUGGGGGGUUAUUGGGGGGUUGGGGGGUUUUGGGGUUUUGGUUGGGGUGUGGGAUUUUGGGGGGGGUGUGUUUUGGUGUGUGUUUUUUGUGUGGUUUUGUAUGUGUUGGGGUUUUUGGGUUUUGGGUGUGGUGGGGGUGGGUGGGGUUUGGUUUUUUUGGUGGUGGGGUGUUUGGUUGUGUGGGUUUUUGGGUGUUUUGGGGUGGGUGUGGUGUGUGUGGUUCGGGUUGGUGUUGGGGGGUUUUUUGGGGGGUGGGUGGUGUGGGUGUGGGUGGGUGGGUUUGGGGGGGGUGGGGGUGGGGGGGUGGGUUGUUGGGGGGGGGUGGGGGGGGGGUGUGGUGUUGUGGGGGGGGGGGGGGGGGGGUGGGGGUGUGGGUGGUUGGGGGUUGGGGUUUGGGUGUGUGUGUGUGUGGUUUUGGUGUGUUUUUGGGUUUUUGUGGGGUUGGUGGGGGGGUUGUGUGGUUGUGGUGUUGUUGGUUGGUUUGGUGGUGGUUUUGGGUGUUGGUGGGGUGGGUGUGGGUGGGGGGUUUUUUGGUGUUGGGUGUUGUUUUGUUUGGUGUUUUUGGGUUGGGGGGAUGGUUGGGGGGGGGGUGGUUUGGGGGGGGGGUGGUGGGGUUUGUUGUGGGUGUGGGUGUUGGGGUGGGGGGUGUGGUGGUGGGGUGUUGUGGUGGUGGUGGGGGGGUUGGGGGUGUGGUGGGGGUUGUGUUUUGGUGGGGUGUGGUGGGGUGUGUUGGGGUUUGGUUUGGUGGGGUGGUUUUGGGGGUUGGGGGUUUUUAGGGGGUUGGGUUGGUGUGUGGUUUGGGGGGGGGGGGGUGGUGGGGGGGGGGGGUGGGUGGUGUGUGUGUGGGGGUGUUGUUGGUUGGGGGGGUUGUGGGUUGUGAGGUGGUGUGGGGGGGGGGGGGGUGUGUUGGGGGGGGGGGUUGGUGGGGUGGGGGGGGGUUGGGGGUUUGGUGUGGGGGGGGGGGGGUGUUUUUUUUGUUGUGUGUGUGGGGUGUUGGUUUUGGUUGUUGUGGGUGUGUGUUGGUGGGGGGGGGGGGGUGGUGGUUGGGGUGUGGUGUGGGGUGGGGGUGUUUUGGUUUGGGUGUUGGGGGGGGGGGGUGUGGGGGUGGGUGUGGGGGGGGGUGGGGUGGGGGGGGGUGUUUGUGUGUGUUGUGUGUUUGGUUGGGUGGGGGUGGGGGGGUGGGUUUGGUGUGUGGUUUGGGGGUUUGUUUUGUUUGGGGUGUGGGGGGGGGUGGGGGGUGUUUGGGGUAGGGGUGUGGGGUGGUUGUGGGGUUGGUUUGGUUGGGUGUGGGGUGUGUGUGUGGGUUGGUGGUUUGGUUUUUGUGGGUUGGGUGGGGUUUGGGUGUUGUUUUUUGGUUUUUUUGAGUUUUGGUUGUGGUGGGGUGUUGUUUUUUGGUUUGUGGGUGUGGGGGGUGGUUUUGGGGUGGGUGUGUGUGGGGGGGGGGUGGGGGUGGGUGGGUGGGGGGUUUGGGGGUUGGGUUUUGGUUGGUGGUGGGGGUUGUUGGUGUGUUUGGGUGGUUGGGGGUGUUGGGGGGGGGUGUGGGGUGGGUGGGGUGGGGGGGUGGGUGGGGGGGGGGGGGGUGGGGUGUGGGGGGGGGGGGGGGGGUGGGGGGGGUGGGGGGGGUUGUUUGGGGGGUUUGGGGUUGUGGGGGUGUGUGGGGUGGGUGGUUGGGGUGGGGUUUGGGUUGUUGGUGGGGGUGGGGUGUGGUGGGGGUGGGGUUUGAGGGGGUGUGGGGGUUGUGGGGGUGGGGAGUGUGGGGGUGGGUGUUGGUGGGGUGGGGUGUGUGGGGGGUGGGGUGUGGUGGGGGUGGGGUGUGUGGGGGUGGGGUGUGUGGGGGUGGGGUGUGUGGGGGUGGUGUUGGUGGGGGUGGUGUUGUGGGGUGGGGUUGUGUGGGGGUGGGGUGUGUGGGGGUGGGGUUGUGGGUGUGGGGUGUGGUGGGGUGGGGGUGUGUGGGGUGGGGUUGGGGUGGGGUUUGUGGGUUGGGGUGUGUGGGGUGGGGUGUGGUGGGGGUGGGUGUGUGGGUGUGGUGGAUUGGGGUUGGGUGUGUGGGGUGGGGUGUGUGGGGUGGGGUGUGUUGGGGGGUGGGGUGUUGGGGGUGGGGUGUGUGGGUGGGUGUGUGGGGGGUGGGGUUUGUGGGGGGUGGGGUGUGUGGGGUGGGGGGUUUGUUUGGGGGUGGGGUGUUUGGGGGUGGGGUUGUGGGGUGGGGGUGUGUGGGUGGGUGUUGGGGGUGGGGGUGUGUGGGGUGGGUGUGUGGGGUGGGGUGUGUGGGGUGGUGGGGUGUGUGGGGGUGGGGUUGUGGGGUGGGGGUUUGUGGGGUGGGGUGUGUGGGGUUGGGUGUGUGGGGGUGGGGUGUGUUGGGGGUGGGGGUUGUGGGGUGGGGUUGUGGGGGUGGGUGUGGUUGGGGGGGUGUGUGUUUGGGGUGGGUUGUGGGGGUGGGGUGUGUGGGGGUGGGGUGUGUGUGGUGGGGUGUGUGGGGGUGGGUGUGUGGGGUGUGUGUGUGGGGGGUGGGUUGUGGGGGUUGGUGGUUUGUGGGGGUGUGGGUUGUGGGGUGGGAGUUGGGUGGGGUGUGUGGGUGUGUUGUGGGUGGGGGGUGUGUGGGGGUGGGGUGUGUGGUGGGUUGUGGGGUGGGGUGUGGUGGGGGUGGGGGUUGUGGGGGGUUGGGGGGGUGUGUGGGGGUGGGGUUGUGGGUGGGUGUGUGGGGUGGGGUUGUGGGGUGGGGUUGUGGGUGGUUGUGGGGUGGGGUGUGUUGGUGGGGUGUGUGGGGUGGGUGUGUUGGGGGUGGGGUUGUGGGGGUUGGGUGUGUGGGGGUGGGGUGUGUGGGGUGGGGUGUGUGGGUGGGUUGUGGGGUGGGGUGUGUGGGGGUGGGGUGUGUGGGGGUGGGGGUGUGGGGGUGGGGUGUGUGGGGUGGGUGUGUGGGGGUGGGGUGUGUGGGGGUGGGGUGUGUGGGGUGGGUGUGGUGGGGGGUGGGGUGUUGGGGUGGGGGUUUUGGGGUGGGUGUGUGGGGGUGGGGUGUGUGGGGGUGGGGUGUGGUGGGGGGUGGGGUGUGUGGGGGGUGUGGUGUGUGGGGUGGGUGUGGUGGGGGUGGGGUGUGUGGGGGUGGGUGUGUGGGGGUGGGGUGUGUGGUGUGUGUGUGGGGGGGUGUUUUGUGGUUGGUUGGUGUGGGGGUGUGUUGGGGGGUGGGUGUGGGUGGUUGUGGGGGGGUGGGGGGGGGGGGGGGGGGGGUGGUGGGGGGGUGGGUGGGGGGGGGUGGUGGGGGGGGGUGGGGUUGGUGGGGGGGGGGGGUUGUGGGGGGGUUUGGGGGUGUGUUGGUGUGGGUUGUUGGUUGUGGUGGGGUUGUGGGGGUGUGGUUGUGGUGGGUUUGGGUGGGGGUGGGGGGUUGUGGUUGUGUGUUGUUGGGUUUGGGGGGUUGUUGGGGUUUGUGUGUGGGGGGGUGUGGGGUGUGGGUGGGUGGUGGUGGUGGUGUGUGUUGGUGGGGGGGGUGGGGGGUGUGGGUUGGGGGGUGGGGGUGGGGGGGGGUGGGGUGUUUGGGUGGGUGGGGUGUGUUGGGUUGGGGGGGUGGGGGGGGGGGGGUGGGGGGUGGGGGGGGUUGGGUUGGUGUUGGGUGGGGGGGUGGGUUGGUGGGGUGGUGGGGGGGGGUUGGGGGGGUUUUGGGGUGGGUGUGGGGGGGGUGGGGGGGGGUGGGUGGGGGUGGGUGGGUGUUGGGGGGGGUGGGUUGUGGUGGGUGUUUGGGGUUUGGGUGGUUGUUGUGGUUGUGUGGGGGGGGUGGUGGGGGGUGGUGGUUGUGGGUGGUGUGGGGUGGGUUGGGUGGUGGGGGGUGGGGGGGGUUGGGGUGGGUGUGUGGGGGGGGUGGUGGGGGUGGGGGGUGUGUGGGUGUGUUGUGGUGGGGGUGGUGGGUGGUGGGGGGGGGUUGGUGGGUGUUUUGUUGGGGUGUUGGUGUUGUUUUGUGUGGGGGGUUGUUGGGUGGGUUGGGUGUGGGGGGGGGGUGGGGGGGGUGGGGUGGGGGGGGUUGGGGUGGGGGGGGGGGGUUUGGGGGGGGGUGGUGUGUGUGGUGUGGGUGGUGGGUGGGGGGGGGGGGGGUGGGGGGGGGGGGGGGUUGAGUUGGGGUGUGGUGGUUGGGGGGUGGUUGGGGUGGGGGGUGUGGUUGUUGGGGGUGUUGUGGUGUGUUGUUUGUGGGGGUUGGGGGGUGGUGUGGUUUGUGGAGGGUGGGUGGGGUGGGUGUUGUGGGGGGGGGGGGUGUGUUUGGUGGGUGUGGGGGUGGUGGUUGGUGGGUUGGUGGGGGGGGGGGGGGGGGGGGGGGGUGUGGGGUGUUGGUGGUUGGUGGGGUGGGGGGGGGGGGGGGUGGUGUGGGGGGGGGGUGGGGGGGUGGUUGGGGGGGGUUGGGGGUGGUUGUGUGUGGUGGGUUGUGGGGGUGGUGGGGGGGUGGGGGUGGGGGUGGUGGUUUGGGGGUUGGGUGUGGGGUUGGGGGUUGUGUGUGGGGGGGUGGGGGUUGGUGGGGGGGGUGGGGGGGUGGGGUGGUGGUGUGGUUGGUGGUGGGGGGGGGGGGGGUUGGGGGUUGGGGUGGUGGGGUGUGGUUGUUGGUUGUGGGGGGGGGUGGGGGGGGUGGGGGGGGGUUGGUGUGGUGUGUGGGGUGGUGUGGGUGGGGUUGGUGGGUGGGGGGGGUUGGGGGGUGGUGGGGGGGUGGGGUGGGGGGGGGGGGGGGGUGGGGGUGGGUGGGUUUUGGGUUUUUUGUUGUGGGGGGGGGUGGGGGGGGGGGGGGGGGGUGGGGGUUGUGGGGGGGUGUGUUGGGGGGGUUUGUGGGGUGUGUUGGGUGUGGGUGGUUGUGUGGUGGUGUUUGGGUGUGUGGUGUGUGGGGUUGGGGGGGUUGGGUGGGGGUGGGGUUUUGGGGGGGUGGGGGGUGGUGGGGGGUGGGGGGUGGUGGGUGUGGGGUGGUGGUUGGGGGGGGGUGGGUGGGUGGGGGGGUUUGGGGGGGGUGUUGGGGGUGGGGGGUGUGUGGGUGGUGUUGUUGUUGUGGGGAGUGGGGUGUUGGGUUGUGGGUGUGGUGUUGGUUGUGGGUUGGUUUUGGGGGGUGUGGUGUGGUGGUGGGGGUUGUGGGUGUGGUGUUGGGUUUGGGUGUGGUGUUGGUUUUGGGUGUGUUUGGGGUUUGUGUGUGUGUGUUGGGUUGUGGUGUUGUGGUGUUGGGUUGUGGUGUGGUGUUGGGUUUGUGUGUGGUGGUUGGGGUUUGUGGGUGUGGUGGUGGGGUUGUGGGUGUGGUUUUGGGGUUGUGUGUGUGGUUUUGGGUUGUUGUGUUUGUUGUUGUUGGGUUGGUUGGUUGUUGUGGGUUUGUGGUUGUGGGUUUGUGUUGUUGUUGUGGGGUGUGGUGUUGGUGUUGUGGGGUGUUGUUGGGUUGUGGUGUGGUGGUUGGGGGUUGUGGGUUGUGGUGUGGUUUGGGGUGUGUUGUGGGGUUGUGGUGUGUGUUGGGUUUGUGGUUGUGGUGUUGGUUUGGUUGUGGUGUUGGGUUGUGGGUUUGUUGUUGGGGGUUGUGGGUGUGGAGUUGGGUUGUGGUUGGUGGUUGGGUUUGUGGGUGGGUGUUGGGUUGUGUUUUGGUGUUGUUGUUGUGGUUGUGGUUUUGGGUUUGGGUGUGGUUUUGUUGUGGUUGUGGUUUUGUGUUGUGGGUUGGUUGGUUGGGUUGUGGUUGUGUUUGGGUUGUGGGUGUGUUUUGGGUUGUGGUGGGUUGUUUGUGGUUGUGGUUUGUGGUGUUGUGUUUGGUGUGUUGUUGGGUUGUGUUUGUUAGGUUGGGUUUGUGUUGGUUGUAGGUGUGGGGUGUUGGUUGGUUUGGGUUUGGUGUUUGGGUUAGUUUGUGGUUGUGGGGGUUGUUGUGUGGUGUUGGGGUUGUGGGUGUGGGUUUUGGGGGGGUGUGUGGUGUGUUGUAGUGGUUGUGGGGAGUGUAUUUGUGGAUGUGUUGUGGUGGUUGGGUUUGUGGAGUGUUUUGUGGUAGUGGUGAGAUAUGUGGGAAAGAGUGGAGUGUAUGAUGGGGGAAUGAGUGAGAUGUAUAUGGGGGGAUGGAGUGGUGAGUUUGUAGGGGGGUUUGUGGUGUGUAUAAGGGAAGAGUGUGUGUAUGAAGGGGAGGAUAAGAGUGAUAAGGGGGAAGAGUGGGUGGUUGUAGGGGGGGGUUUGGGUUGUGGGGGGGGGGGGGGAUUUUUUAGGUUUUUUUGUGGUUUGUGUUUGGGAGGGGGGGGUUUUGGUGGGGUGAGGGUGGUUGUGGGUUGGGUGGGGGGGGGUGGGUGGGGGGGGGGAGGGUGUGAGAUGAGUAGGAGAGUAUAUGUAUUGGGGAUUUUAGGAUAUUGGUGGGGGUAUGAGAGUGUGGUGGGGGGGUUGGGUUGGGGUUGUUGUGGGUUUAUAAGUUGGGUUGGUUGUUGGGAGGGGUGGAGGAGGUGGGGGGGUGGGGAGAAGGGGGGUUUUUUUGGGAUGGAUUGUUUGGGUGGUGGGAGGUGGGGGGGGGUGUGGUAG